AUGACCCCCCCCGAGCCCCUCCGCCCCCCGAGCUGGAAUUUGGGGGGCCCUGGGACCCCCGGUGACACUCCAGGACCCCUCCGCGACCUCGGCUGGCUGCUGGCGCUGGGGGGGGCCCUGGGGGGGGCGCUGGCCCUCGGGGUCCCCCUGCCCCCCCUGUGCCCCCUCCUCCCCCCGCUGGCGGCGGCCGCGUCCAGCGUCGCCUUCGGCCUCGGGCUCCUCCUCCUCGCUCGGCGGCGACUGCGGGGGAGCGGCACCGGACACCCCGUGUACGAAUUCUUCGUCGGGGGCGACCUGGGGUCCCCGCUGGAGCCCCCCGAGAGUCUGCACUGGGAGCGGGUCGGGCUCUGCGCCUGGGUGCUGGUGCUGGCGGCGGCUCUGGGGGAGCAGCAGCGGCUUUGGGGGUCCCCGUCGCUGCCCCUCACGCUCGUGGUGGCUGCUCAGGGGGUCCUGGUGCUGCGGCGCCUCAGGGAGCUGAGCAGGAAUUCCCCCCCCGGUCCCGGGGGUUUCCUGGGGGUCUUCGGGGCCCUGGCCUGGGGCCCUUUCGGGGGUCCCCUCCCAGCGCUGCUGCUGCUGCAGAGACCCCAAAACGGGCUGGGGGGAGCCGGGGGGGCCGCCUGUGGGGGGCUCUAUGUGCUGGGGCUGUGGAUCUUCCACGGUGCCACCACCCAGAGGAGCCUCUUCAGCCGAGACCCUCGGGACCCCCGAGUGGCUGGUCUCCCCACAGUCCCCACGGCCACGGGGCAGGUGCUGCUGGCCGGGGGCUGGUGGGGGCUCGUGCGCCGCCCCGAUGACCUCGGGGAGCUGCUGAUGGCCUUGGGCUGGACCCUCCCCUGUGGCCUGUCACCACCCCUGCUGCUGCUCCUGGCAGGGGCUGCGCUGCGGGAGCUCCGAGCCCUGGUGGGGGAGCGGCGGCAGCGGCGCCGGUUUGGGGGGGCCUGGGGGGGUCUGUGCCAGCGUGUCCCACACCGCCUGCUGCCCCUCGUCUACUGAGGGCUCCUGCGAGCCCCUCCUGCGACCCCCGAGAUCCAGGGAGAGAUAAAUUAGCCUCGCUGAAGUGCUUUCCCUGCCAUCAACUCCUCUCUGUUUCUCUGUGUGACCUGAUCCACGUCCUGUGUGUGAUUUCUCCUUCGUGGACCUUCUAUCUCUGCGUCCUGUACCAGACUUAGCCUUGGCAUGCUAUGCAGUGCAUGGAUUGUAAAUGUUUUUAUUGUAAAUGUGUAAUGGGAUUGUCUGGGUGCAAAUGUUCAUAUAUUGUAUACCACCUUUAUACAGACUUCUGAGGUUCUGACUAGAGAGAGAUCGGUACAUCGCUCUUUAUUUUCAAUAUAGAUAAUAAAAACAAACUCCAGUU